AUCUCAUCUUACUCAAUUUCUGGGUUCAUCUUUUGAACUUUGACCAUUAAGGAGGAAAUCCCACUUUCAAUCUUCAAACAAAGGUCACAACUUUGUGCUUUAUACCCUCUAUUCAGCCCCAGUAUGUUCGGGCUCUACUCAGGCGGGCUCGAGCCUUUGAGGCGUUGGGGAAAUUGCUGGAAGAUUGAGAACUCCAUUGGGUCCUCGCCAAGAAGCACAUUAAGACCUCCAAAGCCGCCCUUCCCAACUGCGCUUGGGGCGACUACCGUUCGUGGUGCCCCAAUUAGUGGUCUUGGGACUUGUUUACCUGCUCGGCCAGUUACAAAAAAGGCUGCAUAUUCAACUGGCGGUUCUUCCAAAGAUAAUGUUAAUUUGAAUAAGCAAGGCCAUAAAGAACAGUCCUCUUCCUCCACUUCAUUGUCCAUUCACGGGCAGGCUCCAAAGGUGGCAAUCUGCUGGAAACCUUUGAAACUUGUUUAUGAUCAUGGCAUAAGGCUUGCCCAAAUGCCUGUAAAUUGUAGCUUUAGAGUGUUAAGGGAGAUUGUCAGCAAAUGUUUUCCUUCAUCCAAGUCUAUUUUUACGAAAUAUCAAGAUAAUGAUGGAGACUUGGUAACUAUAACUUGUAUAACAGAACUCAGAUUGGUGGAGUCCACAGCUGAUGGUGUUAUUUCAGAGGAGCCUGGCACAAAUAAAGAUGAAGAAAAAGCCUUGGAGAUGAUCAUGGGAGAUGAAAGUGGGUGUCCUUCAUCCAAUGGUGAAUUAGUAUUUGAGGCUAUUGAUAUUGAGAUUGAUAAGACACACAAAGAAUCUCCAAAGGAGAAAAGGGAAACUUCUAAAGAUCCAGAGUCCAAAGAAGUUGAAAUGGAUGAUGGGUUAUCUCAUUUGCUCAGCUUUUCCGCACCCAUGAGGUGGCUGCUUUGGCAAUUUUCAAUUGGGGAAUUGUUCACGUGUGCUGCUAGGAAACGUAUUCCCUUAGAUGAGUUAGCUAAAAAGGAGGUAGUGGUUGCAAAACUUCAAGUGGCUUAUGACUGGGUUAAUGAAAAGUAUUCUUUGGCCAGAGCAAAGUAUGAAAAGGCCCUCAUGAUCAAGCCAGACUUUUAUGAAGAGGAGAAGAUGAAAGUUGCUACUGAGAUGUGGGAGAAGUUGGAGGAGCAGAGAGCUAAGGAGCUUAAAGAUCCAAAUGCAAGUAAGAGGGAAGAGCUGUUGAAGAGAAGGAAGAAAACUAGAAGUGGGAAACAUACUUCAACAAGUGGUACUAAAGGUGAGCCCUCUCAAGGUCAAGCAGAGUUAUCUCCUGAGGAAACAACUAAACAAGCUGUUGUCAUGAGAUCACAGAUACACUUAUUCUGGGGUAACAUGCUCUUUGAGAGAUCUCAAGUUGAAUGCAAAUUAGGGAUGGUUGGUUGGAAGAAAAAUCUUGAUGCUGCUAUUGAGCGCGUCAAACUUGUUGGAGCUUCAAAGGCUGACAUUUCUGCCGUUUUGAUUAACCAUUGCUCUAGAGUAGAUGCAGUGGAAGGUGAUGAAAAGAAGGUCAAUGGUGAAGCAGAAUUGGGAAAUGAGGGGGUGAAGGGCCUUACUAAACUAGUCUGUGAAACAGACUCAACCAUUGUGGCUCCAGCUCUCCAGAAACCUGAGUCUGCCAGGCGGGAGAUUUCUCCCAUCAUUAUUAAUGCUGUCUGCUUGUCCAAGAGAUUUGAAUCCAUCCAGUUCAGGGCAAUCUCUCAGCAAGCCAAGGAGACAGCAAACUGGGUUGCAACCAGUACAAGAAAGGGGUUGAGCUUUGGAGAUUGGGUUCAAGCACCCACUUCCUCGUUAGCUUAUAUGUUAGCUUGUGAUCUCAAUCCGUUUCAUGUUCAGAACAAUACUCAUUAUUCUGCUUUUAGUGUUCCCCCAGCUGUAACUUCUGCUUGAUGCGGUUUUUGUAAUGAGAUACGCUCCUUUAUGGCCAAUAAAAGUUAGCUGCAUAA